UUUGCCUUUUUCUCCAUUCCCAAAAAGCAACUUAUAAAAGCAGCAGAAUAAUCAUCAAUCAUCCUUUAACUGCAACUAUUGGAAUCUUCAAACUCCAAAGUACGCUCCGAUUCUACAUUCCCAAAUUAUGAGAUUAUUCCGAGGAAAGGACACCGCCGAUUCCUUCUCAUCACCGUCAACGCCGUCACAAUCACCAACACCGGUGACGGCGACGUCUUUUACCGGACCUGCGCGGCCGAUUAGAUUCGUAUACAGCGACGAGCAUGGUAAGUUUCGAAUUGAUCCCGAAGCUUUGGCUGUUCUUCAGCUUGUCAAGGAGCCAAUUGGAGUCGUCUCCGUCUGCGGCCGCGCUCGCCAGGGAAAGAGCUUUAUACUUAAUCAGCUUCUUGGGAGGAGCAGUGGAUUUCAAGUUGCAUCCACUCAUCGACCAUGUACAAAAGGACUUUGGUUGUGGAGCACACCUUUGAAGAAGACUGCUCUUGAUGGAACAAACUACAAUCUUAUACUAUUAGAUACUGAAGGAAUCGAUGCUUACGAUCAGACAGGAACAUACAGCACACAAAUAUUUUCUUUGGCUGUUCUCUUAUCCAGUUUGUUCAUCUUCAACCAGAUGGGUGGAAUUGAUGAGGCUGCAUUGGAUCAACUUUCCCUUGUGACCGAAAUGACUAAACAUAUUCGUGUUAGGGCAUCUGGAAAAAGGACCACAGCUUCUGAACUUGGACAAUUUUCCCCGAUCUUUGUUUGGCUUUUGAGGGACUUCUAUUUGGAUUUGGUUGAAGAUGACCGAAAGAUAACUCCCCGUGAUUAUUUGGAGCUUGCCCUUAGGUCAGUUCAAGGGAGUGGAAAGGACAUCGCUGCCAAAAAUGAGAUUCGGGAAUCCAUUCGAGCUCUCUUCCCUGAUCGUGAAUGUUUCACCCUUGUUCGGCCAUUGAACAGUGAGACUGAACUUCAGCAGCUUGAUCAAACAUCAUUGCACAACCUUAGACCAGAAUUUAGAUCUGGUCUGGAUGCAUUAACGAGGUUUGCGUUUGAAAGAACAAGGCCCAAGCAAAUUGGGGCAACCGUAAUGAAUGGACCUAUGCUCGCUGGUUUAACACAAUCAUUUCUAGAUGCAUUGAAUAAUGGCGCUGUUCCUACAAUAAGUUCCUCUUGGCAGAGUGUUGAAGAAACCGAGUGCAGAGGGGCAUACAACAGAGCUUCUGAAGUAUAUUUUUCUUCUUUUGACAAGUCAAAGCCACCUGAAGAGGCAGCACUUAGAGAGGCUCAUGAAGAAGCAGUGCAGAAUGCUUUAAGCAUAUUUAAUUUAAAUGCGGUAGGAGCAGGUCCAGCAAGGCAGAAAUAUGAGAUGCUUCUGCAAAAGUUCUUUAGGAAGGAAUUUGAGGACUAUAAGAAAAAUACAUACAUGGAGGCAGAUCUACAAUGUUCAAUGGCAAUUCAGAAUAUGGAAAAGAAAUUAAGAACAGCUUGUCAUGCCCCUAAUGCUGAACUAGUUCAAGUGCUUAAGAUGCUUGAUGAUCUUUCAUCCGAGUAUGAAGCAUCAUGUUACGGCCCUAGGAAGGAAGAAAAGAAGGCUAUAUUCCUGCAGCGAAGUUUUGAAGGUCUAAUAGCUGAUGUUGCCAAAAAGCAGCUUGAUCAGAUUGGACUGGAACGAAGUGCCCUUAUAUUAAAGUGCCAGUCCCUUGAAGAUAAUAUGGCUUUGCUCACCAAGAAGUUGGAAGCCAGCGAGAAGCAAAAGUCUGAGUAUUUGAAUCGCUAUGAUGAUGCUAUAAGUGACAAGAGGAAAAUUGCUGAUGAUUAUACAAACCGAGUUACUAACUUACAAAGUAAAUAUAGUUCUGUGGAUGAGAGAUGUUCAACCUUAUUAAAAACGUUGGAUUCAGAAAAGAAGGAAUCUUCUCAAUGGAAAAAGAAAUACGAAGAGGUCUUAUUGAAGCAGAAAUCUAUAGAAGAUGAAGUUUCUGCAGAGAUAGGCGUUCUCAAGUCUAGGGGCAGUGCGGCUGAAGCAAGUUUGGCUGCUCUUCAUGAACAAGCUCAAUCUGCAAAAGAAGAAGCUGAGGAGUGGAAACGGAAGUAUGAUAUUGCUGCUACGGAGGCCAAAUUAUCCCUUGGAAAGACAGCUGUUGUGCAAGAGAGUACAAAUAAGAAUAUGCAAUUAAGGGUAGAUAAGCUAAGAGCUGAAUUUGAUAAGACUUUGGCUGAAAAGGAUAAUGAGCUCAAGGAGAAGGUGGCAAAAGUCGAUCAGGUUGAGCAACAGUUGACAACUUUACAACUAGGGUUGAAGGCUGCUGAGUCACAGAUCAUUAACUAUGAUAUGGAAGUAGCGGAUUUAAAAUUCAAGAUUAAGGUGCUCGAAGAGAAAUUGGAAGCUGCAAACGUGACAGCACAAUCAUAUGAGAGACAGUCGAAGAUACUCGAGCAGGAAAAAAUCCAUCUGGAAGAGAAGUAUCAACCUGAAUUCAUGAUGAUAGAUGAGUUACAAGAGAGAUGUAGAGCUGCUGAAAUUGAAUCCAGGAGAGCUGUUGAAAUAGCUGAUAAAACACGAGCAGAAGCAACAAAUGCUUUAAAGGAAAAAAGUGAGAUUCAGAAAAUAUACAUGGAAAGAUUGGCCCAUAUUGAGAAGGCAGAGAGGCAGAUUGAAAACUUAGAGAGGCAGAAAAAGGAUCUAGCUGAUGAACUUACAAGAAUACGAGCAUCAGAAAUGGAUGCAAAAUCUAAAGUGAUGUUGCUGGAGGGUAGAGUUGAAGAAAGAGAGAAGGAGAUAGAAUCUCGAAUGAAAUUAAAUAAUGCUGAAAGAUCCAGCACAGUUCAAGUUCUUAAUGAAUUACUUGAGACAGAACGAACAGCUCGAGCAGAAGCUAAUCGCAGGGCUGAAGCCCUCUCUGUUCAGCUGCAGACCACCCAGGGUAAGCUUGAUCUAGUCCAACAAGAGUUGGCUUCUGUUCGUUUUAAUGAAUCAGCCCUGGAAGCGAAGCUAGAGGCUAGUAAUUCUAAUGGGAAACGUUCAAUUGUGGAGGCCCUUCAUACAAGGGUUGAUUCUGCUGAGGAUGAUAGACUUAUUACUCGAGUGACGAAGAAGCUUAAGAACAUUGGAAGCCCUUUUCGGCAAAUAGCAUCACCAGAACAUGGUAGUUUGAUUUUUGGGAGUGGUGAACAUGGUGCUGACCAAAAGAAUUCUGAAGAUUAUACCAAGUUUACCAUUCAGGAACUUAAGCAAGAACUUGUGAAACAUAAUUUUGGUGCUGAGUUGCUAAAGCUGGCUAAUCCAAACAAAAACCAAGUCCUUGCUUUGUACGAAAGAUGUAUCCUUGAGAAGUAUUGAUCAGCUAAUGCUCUUGGAGUAGUUCUGGUAGCAGAUUAUUUUUACGCGUAGGCCUUCAAGUGAACCCUUAGCUAUACUCGUCGGAUAGGCAACUAACUUGCAUAUCAGCCUGCAAUGUGAUUGGUAAGUCCUUUGGCUCGUUGACAUGAAGUUGGGUGCCUUUAUACUGAAACUGGGUUUGUUUGUCCUGUGCUGCUGCACAUACUUGAUUCUUUCUUGAAUCUUCAAAGACCUUGCUGUCAUGCUGUGAAUAUCAAUUGAUAGGCAUACCUUAAAAGAUUUUUCUUCAACUGGUUUGGCAGUUUUUUCAGCCAAUAUUUGCAUUGAUCAAAUGCUAUUAAAACUUCUUUUUCA